CAUAGGGUUAGAAGUCAUUUUAACACUAUAUUACGAGUUCCUUCCCCAAAGGUUUUGGGGUUUCUCGUUUUUUUCCUUUUCGUCUCCGCCAUGAAUUGAUUCCCGGAAAAAUUCCUAGCCAAUCAGCGGAAAGCAUUUUCCUCGAUUCAUAUUAUUGAAUCUUCUCAUUCUAUAAUCACUUCUCAGUAUAACUUUGAAGUUGUUAGGGUUUUUGAUGCGAAUUCGUAUUUGAGAAAUCAAAGAGAAUUUUGGAAUAAUCGGUACGUUUUUUGUUUGUUGAAUCGUGUUGGAGAAUCAUCAUCUAGGAAAUCGAAUUAGGGAUUUUUGGUGAAAUAAUGGGGAGUGGAGAUGGAGAAGAUGAUCGGACGUUUAGGGUUAAUUUCACUGCUGAAGGAUUUGCGAAGCUCCGGGAACGAGUUAAUGAGAAACUCAAGGAGUUCAUGGGUGACUACACGGAUGAUACUCUUGUGGAAUAUGUCAUAGUCUUGUUAAAAAAUGGUAGGCGUAAAGAAGAAGCAAGAAAUGAAUUGAAUGUUUUUCUUGGAGAAGACAGUGUCUCCUUUGUUGAUUGGCUGUGGGAUCACCUGGGAUCAAAUAUAGAUCUGUAUGUGCAACAAAAGGAUUCUGAUACAGGAGGAGGGGCAAAAACGAAACCCGCUAUUGUGGAGCAGCCUGCAAAGAAUGAUGUGCACCACCUGGACACUGAUGCUGAUAAAGAGAAAUCAAAUAAAUCUAAAAGCCGUAUCCGAAGGGAGUGGAAAGGGCUUGUUAGCGAUGGACACCCUUCUCUACGUAGUUCUUUGGCCGAAAACAUUCCUAAGGAGGAGGAAGCUCAUCGAAAAGUUGGUCAUGCAAAGCGAUCCCUCUCCCCUCAGCCAGAACUUUUGAGAAAAAGAAGCAGACCUGAAGAAAAGCCAAAAAAGAGGGAAAGCAGUCGUCAAACAUCAAUUGCUGCUACUCGGAGGUUGCUGCAAUUUGCAGUAAGAGAUGCUGUGGCUACUAAUAGGCCAUCCAAUUCCACUCUAGCUCCCUCACCUUCACUAAAGCGUCUUCGCUCUGUGGUCUCUACAUCUGUGGAUGACUCAUCCCUUCCAGAACGCCCACAGAGGAUACGGUCGGUUGCAAGAGCACCAACUGCCUUGGCCACUGCUAUUAGAGCUGUUGCAGAAGCUGCAAAAGAUGUAACAAAAGUUAGAUCGUCCGUUAAUGUGUUUGAUAGGCUGGGUCGUGCUACUGAUGUUCCCGAUCAUUCAAUCCCUUCAAUGGAAGAAUCUAUGCAAGCUGUUACUGAAGAUGUACAAGAUCAAUCUUUUGCUGAUGCAAGCGAGGCGUACUCAACUUACCUUCACAGAAGGGAUUAUAGUGGAAAGCAUAUUGGGAAAUCUAUGUUACAUGAUGAUGCUGUGGUUGUUUAUGAUUCAGCAUCGGAUGAUGAGGCUAGUCGUGGUAGCAGUGCUGUGAAUAGAAGGGCUUUUGAUGCCUCUAGAACUGGUGCACCUGUUAAAAACAUAGGUGAGAAUCCGCUUAUACUCGAGCAUGACAUUGCUUACAAUGUGGAUGAUAUUUUGGACAAGUCACAGAAGGACCAGGAUCAACCUACAUUUGCUCCUGGUGCUCCUCACCAGCCAAUGAAUAUCCCGUUAAAUGUGAAUACCUGGAAAUCACCUCAGUAUCAGGAGGCAAGACAGUCAUUUGAGAUAGAGAAUCGGAGAUCUGCCCAAAGCAGUGAAGGCUUGGCCGAGAAACCUGAUAUACUGUUGACAAAAGAGAGCACUAAUCCUAUUGCAGCUACUAACGGAAUUGUCAAACCAUAUGUGGAGACGCAGAAGGAAUCUCAGAAGACAGGUUUUCUUAAUCAGGGUUUGUAUUCUACUGGUGCACCUACAGAAGAUGCUGAUUCACGAACCAUCUUUGUUAACAAUGUUCAUUUUGCUGCUACAAAGGAUAGCCUUUCUCGGCACUUCAAUAAAUUUGGAGAAGUGCUUAAAGUGGUAAUCCUGACUGAUGCUGGAACUGGGCAACCCAAAGGGUCAGCUUAUGUAGAGUUCAUGAGAAAAGAAUCUGCAGAGAAUGCUUUAUCACUUGAUGGAACAUCGUUCAUGUCACGCAUUCUGAAGGUUGUAAGGAAAAGCUCUGCUACUCCUGAAGCAGCAUCUGGCACUGUCUGGCCUCGUGUUACGAGAGGUGGUGCCUUUGCCAUUUCUAGGUUUGGUCGGGUUCCUUUUCCUAGAGGCUCUCCCACUUUGUACAGGUCCCGGCUCCCAAUGAGGCCUGGUGCUAGAAGUAUGCAAUGGAAACGAGAUGCUCAGCCCACAUCGACUGAGAACUCUGGUUUGGCUACACCCUCGAGUAAUGCAGUUCCUUCUCCCAUUCCUCGGAGUAUGACAUAUGUACGAACAGAAUCCAAGACAAAUGGAAAUUCCACUGCGGCUUAGUUGAUUAUAGCUGUUACCUCUUUCCUAUCUCUCUGAGAAUCCAGCUCUUUUUAAGAAAGGUUGAAGUCCAACAUACUUGGCGCAAUGUACAUGAUUGCUUCAUCUGGUGAAUCAAUCAAGAUGGGGAGUGAAUGUUCAUGUCACGUAAUCAUGAACGGGAGUGUUACUGAUUUUACUUUUAUCUUAUUGUUAUUUCGCUAGAGUUGGGUGGAAGAGGCAUUGGGUAAAUGUUUUUGGAUUAGAUUUUUGAAGUAGUUAUUAUCAGAUUGUUGGAGGCAGGUGGCUGAAGGAGUUGUGUUAAGUUCGAGCUGGAAUCUGUGAAUAGGUGGAAAUGGGCUGUUUAUUGGAUUAGUGAACCUUUGAAAUUUCAUUCUUGAUUAAGUCAAAAAAAGGAAAAAAAUUAGAAGACAAAAAGAUAAAAAGAAAAAGCAAAAUCUCCAUUUCAUUUUACAUUUCAUCUUUUGGUUCAAUAAUAUGCUUGCUAGUUGAGAUGUGCAUUCAGUACGAAUUAGUUUGAUGAUUUAGCAUUUAUUGUUUUCGGAGCUUCAAAAAGAAUUGGAGAUACUUGAAAAGGACAAUUCUACUGUUAUCAUUUUGUUAUCUACUUUUGCCAAGUUUUUGUAA